UUUAACGAAGACCUUCACAGAAAUCUAACAAAAUUUUAGAACGACUCGUGCUUUGAAUAAGUGCAACGAAAUAUUUUCAUUUAAUUUUUAAAUUACAGUUCUGAAGAAGUUCAUACAAAAUGCAUUUGAUGAAAAAGAGUGCAACUUAUUUGGUGAUCUUUCUGGUUCUGCUUGCUUUCUGCACACAGGAAUCUGAGGCAACCAGACGUGUGAUGCGCGGACGUAGGACACUCACACGCCGCUACUUUACUGGUAUGGCUAUACCCGGCUGGCUGCUGGCCGUCCUCAUAGGUAUUGGCGAACUCAUACUUGGCGGUGCGCUCUACUUGGUCAUGAAUCGCAUGAUACUUGCCAAGCCAGCACAGGAGACCAACACUUAUACGCCAGCGAAACAACAAGAAGUUUAAACGAAARUACCGAAUUCAGUAUUAAAAUAAUAGAAGUUCAGUAAAAUUAUUGAAAACUGUACCACAUACAUGAAUACAAGGACACAAAACUCAUUAUGCGAAGACAAAAAGCGAAAAACUUAGUUGAAAAACAUCGUAGCCAAACGAGUGACUGAUGCAAACUAGUGUACAUCAUUAGCAUUACAACAACACUAUUUUUUUGUAAUUAAUAACAGAAAAUGACAGUAGCAAUAAUCAAUCCAAAUAUCCAUUACUACCGCAGCGAAGAAUGCUCUAGCUGAAGUGCA